UAUAUCAGGGUGCCCUCGAGUCGUGUUUUCGGCGUCGAACCGCCGGUAAAACAAGUGUCCUAUUCCGUGGCUCCUGGAACUUCGCGUCAACAGCCGCAUGCACAUCCGCCAGAAGUGCAAUACGUAACAUAUGACGAAUAUGCGGAACAAGACUUGUUGUUUCAUCAAGGAGAGGUUGUCAAUGAAGAGACGAUAUCUACCACCGGCACCUACACAAAUAUGCAAGCUCCUCCGGAGUUCUGCUAUGUGACGGAGACGAUACCCGAUUUUCAUCCAACCCAACAAUUAUCACAUUGGAAAGACGGGCCACCAAAUAACGGU